AGCAGGGCCGUCACUCACAUGGACACGACACUCCAGUGUAGCUAUAGCUAUAAUAUAUAGUUGGGUGUAUAAAUAGGGCAAGGUGUAGGCAUCUCAACUGUGGGCCAGUUGUGGGGGAGUAGCAAUGAGCUCAUUGCUGUUUACAGUACACCCAACAAAAUUUUGCACACCAGCUAUAUUGUAUAUAUAUCUAUCUGUAUUUUUUUUGGUGCGCCAAUGUUCUAUUGAAAAUUCCUUGCCUUUAGUACUUGGCUCUUUGGCUCGGCAUUUGUUUCAAUUAAUAAGUCAACUAAACGACGAAAUUUAUUUGCCAAAAUGCCAAUGAGGCAUUGACAUUGAGCGCACACUAAACCUUAGGCGCUCCGCCUGUCCCCACCACCAAUUGCCCACUGGGGGCCCCAAUUCGUUUAGCUUUCUUUUUAGCAAACGCCAGCAGCAACGCGAGUCGCGUCAAGCAAGUCGAAGCCAAACCAACGCAAUUAGCCAGUGCAUAAAAUUCAAUUAGAUAACAAUAACUAAAGCAGAUUCAAAAUUCGCAAAUCGCGCGAUGUCCAACGAACUUAGCGAAAUGAUCGCGCUCAGCUGUCCCGAUCUGAGCGCUCGCCCCGACAACGAUAUACACUUGAUAAUCAAUGCGGAGCGACGGCUUAGCAUUAAACAAAUGACAGCCACAGAGCUGAGCAAUUUGCGUGCUGCCGCCGCUGAGGAGGCGAAGGCCAAAGCGCAGGCUGAGGCGGCAGUCAAGGCGCGUGCGCUGGCGGAGCAAAAAGCGCGUCUGGAUGCUGAAGCGGCAGUCAAGGCGCGUGCGCUGGCAGAGCAAAAGGCGCGUUUGGAUGCCGAAGCAGCAGCCAAAGCGCAGGCGCUAGUGGAGCAACAGACAAGUUUGGCUGCUGAGGUGGUGGCCAAGGCACGCGCACGCGCUGCCAACGAAGCCAAGGAGCAACUGCAGCGUGUGCUGGAGCGUCAGCUGCUGCUGGACGAUGCCAUGGAAAUGCAUUUGCUUAAUGCCGGGCAAACCCAAACGCAGUCCUCACCAGAGCAACGCAAUUCACUGGAGCUGCUGCGCAUGCAGCGCGCCGCGCGUGAUGCGCGCUCGCAUAAUCGCAGCCGCGAGCGCACCGCCUCGCCGGAGUCCAGACAUAGUGCCAGUCAUAGCAUGAGCAGCUUUGAAUCCACCAGCGUCAGCGCCAGUCGACGUGGCAGCACUGCCAGCGCCAGCUGCGUGGAGCUGCCUGCGCCUAUGAAAUUUCCUCUUGCCAAGACAGUCUCAGCGCCAAAUGUGACGAAUCUGACGAUUCGUCGACGCAGCAGUUUAACUGCAAUGUUUCCAGGCCCAGCGCCGCUGGUGGCGCCAGAGCCAGCGCUGCACAGCAAUCCCGAGCAGCAGCUAGAGCAAACUCAGUGCAGCAGCGUAGGACGUGCUGAGGAUCAUUAUCGUGACAUACCCACAGGCAAAAUGGUGCAUCGCACCAAGACGCCGCCGCCUGUGGGCGCCAGUUUGGGCGUUUGCCUCAAGCGCGUGCAAGCGCCCAGCGGCUCCAUCACAGUCAAGCCCAAGGAGGGACCCAUGCUGGGCGUGGUGCUGCGCAAAGUGGAGAAGAAGGUGGCGCCGCAGAAGAGCGUGCUGGACGAUGAGCAGCCGCUUUACCAUUUCUCUAUAGUGCGCAGUGAUCACAAGGAGCACAAGCCGGCGGCCAAGCCCAAGCCCAAACCGACGCCACCAGCGGCCAAACCACAACCCGGUGGCAUACUCACCGGACCGCAAGUGGUGCGCACUGUGCGUCCAGUGCCAGUGCCCGCAAAGCCACAGCGUCCGCAGCCUGGCGUGCCCAUCACUAUAACCAAAAUCGAGGGCGACAAGAUCAUCAUUAUUAAAAAGAUUAUAGUGCCAAAGAACAGUAAGAUACCGGAGCAGUAUCUGCAGGUUGGUCUUGCUCAAGAUGCUGGCAAAAUUGCCGUUAGCACGCCAGCAACAGCAGCAGCGACGGCGGCUGCUGCGCCGCUGCUGAAAACACAACUCGCCUCGUCUGCCUCGCUGCCCAACGUUAUGCAGCAGCCGUCGGCGCCGCCGUCGGUGUCAAGCGGUCAGCAGUUCUUUCAGGUUGUAUCGCCGCAAUUCGCGUCCGUGCUGUCGUCCAGCAUGCCGGAAACCAAAUGCGCCGUGCGUUCGCCCAUCAGCUCGCCGCUAGCGCUGCGCAAGAAUCGUCCGCUGCUGCCCGCCAGUCCCAAGUCAACGCCGCCGCUGCCGCGCAAGCAUCAUGCGCUGGCGUACAAUGCAGCCACAGGCGCCAUAACCACUCCCAGCGCUGCUGUGCCCACGCGUCUGAUGACCACCAUUGCCAGCAGCCCAGCCUCGAGCAUAUCGCUCAGCUCCUGCAGCUCGCCCUCAUCAUCGCCGCCACCGCCGCCUGUGCCCAGUCGCGCGCCCAAGUGCAAACCCAGUCUAAGUCGCAAGCCCAGCACCGAGGAAGUCGAUCUGGGCAAGCUGCUGCAGCAGCAACAGCAGCUGGAGGAAAAGUCUGCUGCUGCCAACAAUAGCGCCAAGCUGGACGCCAAUUUCUAUGAUGCUGAAAUAGAAAUGAUGAACAAGUAUCUGAAAAGCCUGCCCGACUAUAGCGAGCUGGAUCGCAAGCUGCAUCAGGAGUUCAAGGAGUGCGAAGAUCUCUACGAUCGCCUCAAGCGCCAGCAGCAAACGCAGCCGCUGGCCAAGUCCAUAUCGCAGCAGUCGGUGCAGCCAACGCCCGCCGCUAGUCUAGCCAAGUCCAGCAGCAUUAACUUUAGUCAAAGCACAAGCAAUGGUCAACGCAAUGCGCGUCUGGCGUAUCCCUCAAUCUUUGAGCAGCAGCCCAAGCUGCAGCGCAGCAUAAGCAGCAAUAAUAUGCCAGGAGCGCCGUUGCCAAAGCAAAGCGAGCAGCUAAACGAAUCAAAUUUGUCGCUCAACAAGCAGCUGAUGAACGAAUUCUGGAGCGAGAAUCUGUGCAGCUCGCAGAAGCGUCAAACGCCCAAGCGCACAUUUUGGAACUAUGAGAAAAUAUGUGGCGCGCAGUUGGGCGAUGCGGGACAGCCGUUCAAAGUGGAUGCCAAGACAGCCAAGAAGUUGGCCAUAUUCGAUCCAACAGUGGCAGAGGCGGCGCAGAAGGAGCUGCAAAAGCAGCAGCAGCCACAUCGAUUGCAGAAGAACGCGUCGCUAUCCCAGCUGGAUCUCAAAGUGCGGCAGGCAGUGACCAAGGAUGAUCUCUAUAAGCUCAUAGUAUGCAAUGAGGGCACAGCGACGCAACCAUUUGUAAGUCGCGUGCCUGUUAAGCAGCCACAGCAGCAGCAGCAACACCCAGAGCAGCAGCAGCAGCAGCUGAACAAAAGUGUGUCCAUGACGCAUGUGCCACAAGCGCAGGCGCCGCUGCUGCGCAGCUCAAGCCGCACACACAUACCUUGCUACAUGAAGAAUUUGCCAGCGCUAAGUCGCAGCAGCAGCAGCAAUUCAGCUAUAUUGCUGCAACAGCAGCCACAGCAGCAGCAACAGUUUAAGCAACCAGCUGCUGUUAAAGCUGCUGCUGGCGUGCUUAAGAGCAGCAGCAGCUCUUGUGUGCCCUCGCCACGCUGUGCUGCUGCUUUUUUUCGUCGGCCCACAGAGUCGCAGCUUAAACCUGCAACCAGCGUUGCAGCAACAACAGCUACGCCCAUUGCUGAGUCCAACAAUGAAUAUGCAUCGCUUGAACGCAAAUCGGAGAAGAGCAACAGCACUGUUAGCAGCAGCAGCUUUACUGUCACCAAUUGCUGCACUACGCACUUGCCACAGCUCUCCAAGUUUACUUCAUCCUUUCAUAUACCUGCAACAGUAGCUGCCACACCAGCAGCAGCGCCACAACUAGCAACAACUGCUGUAACAGCAGCAGAGCCAGCAGCAGCAGCAGCAACUGCGUCAGUCACUACAACAGCAGCAAGCACAAAGCGCCAGAAAGAUGUUGACAACAAGCUAGAAAAAUGUCUGAACGAUAUGCUAAAGCUAAAGAGCAGCAGCAGCAGCAACAACAGCAGCAAUAAUAAUGCACUCAUGUCACAGUCGUUGACAGCUGCUGAACAACACAAAGAAGAUGUUGCUGGCAAAUAUGCAACUGAAUCGCAAAUACCCGUGCCAGUUCAGCUCUACGAUCCACAGAAGCCGCUCAUGCAGCAGCAGCAGCAGCAGAGGAACGCUUAUCCCAUUGGCAAGUCCAAUUCGACAUCGCAGCUGCCGCUGGGCAUGAGCUAUCAGCAGCGACUGUUGCAGCAGCAACAACAACAACAACAGCAGCAGCAGCAACAACAUUAUCCACAGCAGAAACGUCCGUUUUUGAAUUGGAAUUCAUUUGCUUGCUCAGCUAUGAAUGGCAGCAAUGAUCCCUUCCAGCAGCAGCAGCAGCAGCAGCAGCAACAUGCACAUAAGCUGCAGCAAUCUUACUCCUCAUCGCAUCUGCUCAAGCAGCAGCAGCAGCCCAAGUGCAGCUCUGGCUUUGCUAUGCUGCUGCAAAAGCACAACACCAACAAAGAGAAUAAAUUUGGACAACCUGCGCAACAGCAGCAAUCGUCGCUGGGCAUGGCGCCACAAAUGUAUGGUAGUGGCUAUCAGCCCAAGCCUGCGUAUCCACGUGGUGCUGCUGGCGCACCGCUGACCCAUUCGGCUUCAUUUAGUGCUGCACAACGUCCCAGCAACAUGUUGCAGCCUCAAAGCUACGGCCACGGCAUGAUGAGUCGCAAUUAUUACAACAUGCCCAAGCAGCAACAGCAGCAGCAACAACAGCCGCCGCCUUUGUUGUUGCAUGAACGCAAACCGCUGCAAACCUUCGAUCCGUAUGUGUAUCCCAAGCCCAGUCAGACGUUCAAGUACCAGGCUCAACCGCAGCCCCAACCGCCGCCGUCGUCGUCGUCGUCGCAUCCGCAUGCGCAGUUUCUAAACGCUUCCGGCGCGUUAGCUUACGAUCCAAAUACAAAUACGCAAUUGUAUUACGCGCAGCCGUCGUCACCGCAGCAACCACAACAACAGCAGCAGCAACAACAAUACUCGAAACAGCAGCAGCAGCAAAAUGAAAUGUCCAAGUCCGCAUUGGGACUGCAUUUCAUCGAGACAGCAAAGCCCGUCAUUCAAGAUGAUGCUGAUGGUCACUUAAUUUACCACAACGGAGACAUUCUCCAUCACAGAUAUAAGAUCAUGGCCACACUGGGCGAGGGCACCUUUGGGCGUGUGGUCAAGGUGAAAGAUAUGGAACGUGAUUUUUGCAUGGCCUUGAAAAUCAUUAAAAAUGUUGAGAAAUAUCGCGAAGCUGCCAAGCUGGAGAUAAAUGCUUUGGAGAAGAUAGCUAUGAAAGAUCCGCAUGGUGAUCAUCUGUGCGUCAAAAUGAUUGACUGGUUUGAUUAUCAUGGACAUAUGUGCAUAGUUUUUGAAAUGCUCGGACUUAGCGUUUUCGAUUUUUUGCGCGAGAACAAUUACGAGCCAUACUCGUUGGAGCAAGUGCGUCAUAUGGCAUAUCAGUUAUGCUACUCCGUGAAGUUUCUCCACGACAAUCGCUUGACGCACACAGAUCUCAAGCCGGAGAAUAUAUUAUUCGUCGAUUCAGACUAUACGUCACACUAUAAUCACAAACUUAAUCGUGAAGUGCGUCGCGUUAAGAAUACAGACGUGCGUCUCAUUGACUUUGGUUCAGCCACCUUUGAUCAUGAGCAUCAUAGCACAAUUGUCUCCACGCGUCAUUAUCGCGCACCUGAGGUCAUACUGGAGCUAGGCUGGUCACAGCCCUGCGAUGUGUGGUCCAUUGGCUGCAUACUCUUUGAGCUGUACUUAGGCAUUACUCUGUUCCAGACGCACGACAAUCGCGAGCAUCUUGCCAUGAUGGAGCGCAUAUUGGGACAAAUACCAUAUCGCAUGGCACGCAAUCACACUCUUUACAGCAAAACCAAGACAAAGUACUUCUAUCAUGGUAAGUUAGAUUGGGAUGAGAAGUCCAGCGCGGGACGUUAUGUGCGCGAUCACUGUAAGCCGUUGUUCCUGUGCCAGCUGAGCGACAGCGAGGAUCACUGCGAGCUCUUUAGCUUAAUCAAGAAAAUGCUGGAGUAUGAGCCCUCAUCGCGCAUCACGUUAGGUGAUGCACUGCGACAUCCUUUCUUUGACAGACUUCCCCAACAUCAGCGUGUAGGUGAAAUGAGCAACAAUAAGCAGCCACUCUCGUCGGGUAGCAGCAGCCGCGAGCGCUCGCACAGUUUGUCCAGAUGAGAAUUACAGCGAUUUGGUUAUUGUUGACGGCAACGCUAAUCAAAUACACC